UUAGGGAUGAGGCCCAGCCCUCUGCCUUCCCUCCCUGCCCCCAAGUAUAAGAGCUGAGCUCAGGUGAGCUGACUCCUAGUGUCCGGUCCCAGCAGCUGCCAGCAGUCUUCCUCCUUCCAGGCAGAUCAUGAGCCAGCGGCUCCUCUGAGGCCUGCUGUGGGACAACAGCGCUCUCACCGGGACAAGCACACCGGUCACCAUGGGGCAGUGUCGGUCAGCCAAUGCUGAGGAUGCCCAGGAAUUCAGUGACGUGGAGAGGGCCAUUGAGACCCUCAUCAAGAACUUCCACCAGUACUCUGUGGAGGGUGGCAAGGAGACGCUGACCCCCGCCGAGCUACGGGACCUGGUCAGCCAGCAGCUGCCCCACCUCAUGCCGAGCAAUUGCGGCCUCGAAGAGAAAAUCGCCAACUUGGGCAGCUGUAACGACUCUAAACUGGAGUUUGGGAGUUUCUGGGAGCUGAUUGGAGAAGCAGCCAGGAGCGUGAAGCUGGAGAGCCCUGUCCGGGGGACUUGAAAACCUUCUUCUGGAAUUCUCGGGGGGAUGUUGGGGAAAGGGGACCUUAGAGACCGUGGGCCUAGAAACGCCUCUCCACCACCACCACCACCACCACCACCACCACCACCACACUAUUCCCCAGUCUGCACCUGCCUCGCCUCUGCAAGGUUCAAGUCCUUAGUGAGCCUUCCCAGGGGUCUCUGUGUACUUCAUCCUUGGGAGCUCCAUGGAACUCCAUGAGUCCCCACCAGAGGGAGGCUCAGGGGAUGGGUUGGGCCCAGGGAUGGAUGUGGCGAGAUGCUGGAGGGAUGAGGAUGGGCUAAGGGCCAAGUAAUUUGGUUGAGGGGAAGGUCAAAGAGGAACUGGGCUACUGGAUAUGAUUUGAAGAAGAGGGCGGGGAAUGGGGCCGGAUAUUUGGUACUAAAAAGAGUCUCUGAGAACCUAGCCUUCCUUAUGUCUUCCCCAACCCAAAUGAUAACUUCUGUCCAGUGCUACACCUUCCUUCUUCCAGCUCUGCCCCAGCCUCUUUCCAGCACUCUGUCCCUGGGCUAGGGCAGGGGAAGAGAGAGAGCAGGCUGGAGAGGGGAGGCUGAGGAGGGGGUGAUUUUGGGAGAGGACCAGCUGGGUGCUUGGGCAUUUAAAGAAUGAUGGUUGUUUUGUAGCAUGUGAUUAAUAAAAAAAAAGCGG